GCUCAUACUGAAAAAGAAGAGGACUACUGGGACUCUGUACUCUGGAGUGAUGAGACCAAGAUAAAUGUUUUUGAAACGGAUGGCUUCAAAACUGUAUGGCAUCGCAAAGGUUAAGAGUACAAAUAAAAAUGCAUGGCGCCUUCAGUGAAACAUGGUGGUGGGCAGUGUUCUUCUGUGGGCUGCAUGAGUGUGGGGGAGUGGCAUUUCAUUAAUAGUAUCAUGAUUCCACAGAUGUACUGCUCUAUAUUGAAAGAGAAGUUUCCCAACAUGUCAAUGAUCCAAAACAUACAUCUAAGGCCACUGUUGCAG